CUCAUCCGUCAUCCGAACGUUAUCGCUCACUUAGAAGCAUGCUCGCAGUGAUGUCUUUUUCUAUCAGUCUCAAAUAUUUUGACCAACCACAACAUUGUCACCUAUACUCAACCGUUUUACCAUGUUCAGCAAUUUCAUCAAGAACAUCGUUAAGGUUAAGCGUUGCUCAGAAGCGCUGCUUCAUAAACAAAAAGCUAAAUUCGAGUCUGGUGUUUAUGACGGUCCCAAUAGUCGUCAGUUCGAGGUACCGGCGCUUCUUAUUACACCCCCUCCUGCGCCAUCGUAUCACUUGUCCGAUACCGAUGCUCCUCUUCCCUCGAUAAUGGACCAAGAGGCUGCCGUUUGUUGUGGACAAAUGCAAUCUCGUUUUGGAAGGGCCGCCCUUGAAGAUAUUCCAGCCGAGUUGCGCUGCCAUAUCCUUAGUUUUCUUUCAUAUAAUGAAAUUAUUCGCUGUGCGUUGACUUCCCACACGAUGUAUGAUACAGUCAAAUCUUCUGUUGAGCUACAAUACAUCAUCGAACUCGGUUCCCAAAAGUUAAUUCAGGUUCAUCCACGACCACCUACUGUCUCCACAGCAGAGUGCUUGCAUAUCAUCCGAGACAAGGCGAACGCAUGGAAUUCUUUUGAGCUUGAUGCCACGAAAGCGAAAGCCCUUCGCUUCCCAGGCGUGUUCAACUCUAGCUCCAUCAUCCAUCAACAACUCGGUCUAUCCAAUUCGUCCAUUGAUGAGAAUGCUGCGUACCACGCUAUAGAUUUCAAGAGCUACGCAACGCGUGCCUCUCGUCGCUGGCGGCAUGAUCAUCAUCCAGUGAUUCGCACAACCAGGUUCAUGGACGACGCCCAGGACCUUAUAAUUACCGCUAGAUUUCCGACAGCCAUCGACUCACACGAGUUCAAGGUACUGUUCCACACGAUAUCCACGGGGGAGGAACAUCCUUUGGCCCACGAAUCCCGUGUAGUCGCUGGUAAACUCGCUUGCGAUGAAGAGGGUGAUCUCAAUGUUUCUGUGUCCGUCCUCGGAGAUCGCAUUGCACUCUGUGUUGCUGAGAAAGACGAAAACGGGGACUCGUACUGGUCCCUGCAUGUCUGGAAUUGGCAUCAGGGUGGUCAAGCUGAUGACAUAUCUGUGAUCGGCAAGGGCCAUGACUUCUGCGACGUCCGUUUCCUUACCAGGGAGAGGUUACUAGUCCUCUCAUCAGACGUAUUCCAUAGUGCCCAAAACUGUGCACGCCUCAAGUCACCAGACGAUCAUUGGAUUUGGACGACAAACCCCGCAGAUCGAGUCAUAUCCGUGAUGUGGUCCUUUCCAACAUCGGUUUUUGUUAUAUCCGCUCGCAUAUUUCUAAUGAAUAUCCCUCCGACAUGGUUCGAUGCAACCUUAAAAGAUGGAUUAUCCGUCCCGUGGUCAUCAUGGGGUCCACAAAACUCUCGCUGCUUCGGCGGGGCGGGCAACUUCGGAGUGGGAGGAUCUCGUGUUAUACGAGUAGUUCCGGUCGCAGGUCGAAGCGAUUCAUCGUUCCAGUUGCAUAUGACCGACUUCAAUUCCUCCGCCGUGGCGCGUGGCAUCGGCAAGGUCACUCGGGAACCUACGACAACAACUAUCGUAUCAGACGUAGAGGUGACAACAUGCCUCCCUUUCGUGGAGGUGGUCUACGACCAGGUUUUCGAUGCCUCUCCUUGGGAUAUUGCACUAAACGAGGAGAGGAUGGUGAUUUCUACACUAGCGAAAACUGAAUCUAUCUUUACCACGAAUACGGAGGGCAUCGUUUUUGACAUGUAGUCUAUAAUUCGUUGGAGGCAUAAGCAUGUACUCAAUUUAGCCUACCGUGAAAAUGUAAUUGGACCUCGCCUUCUGUCGCGC